AUGGUGUCCGAGAAGGAAGACGGGGAGACAAGCUGCGAAUCCCCAUCCACUCUCAAUGAAGCUAUGCUUGAGCAGAUCAAGAAGAUGAUGUUUGAUGAGCUUGAUCGGAGAGAUCAGGUCAAGGAGGGCAAACGGAAGGAGUCUAAGGAUCCAAUACACAUCUCGGACGAGGAAAGAAGAAAUGAUCCCAUGACAUCCAAGGGGCUUGCCGAUGAGCAGGCUAAGACCUAUUACGGAACCGGUCACUCGUCCCAAUCCAGCCGUCGUUCUAGAAGACCUCGAGACGAACCAGACCGUAUGAUGGAGAAUUUGGGAGGCUACAAGAUGAAGAUCCCACCGUUCCAUGGCCGGAACAGUCCAGACGAGUACAUGGACUGGGAGAAGAAGUAUGAGUUUAAUUUUAACUUACACAACAUCGCUGGCGCCAAUCGAGUCAAGUUGGCCGUGUUUGAGUUCAAUGAUUACGCCCUAAGGUGGUAG